AUUGAUUAGAUAUUUUACAAUUUAAACAGCUGAUUCAAGCUUGCCUAGGUGCUCGACCACUUCGGCCCUGCAUGGCAGCCACGCGCGCACAUGGCCCGCUCCGUUCUCAUCCUGACACCCUGCCUGCCACGCACGGCUCCGUCCAUCGCGCCAGCCAGCCCAGGCCAGGCGCCCACCGCUCGCACAGGUAUAUAUCACCAUGGCGACGGCGACGCCGCUCGGCAAGCUCACGAGCCAGCCGAGCAAAAGCCAUCGGGGUGAAAGAGAGAGACAGAGAGGAGGAGCAGGACAGCAGGAGCGAUGAAGGUGCUGAUGGCGGUGGACGACAGCGACUUCAGCUGGCACGCGCUGGCCUGGGUGCUCGACCACCUCUUCUUCCCGUCCCCGGCCGCCGACCAGCCGGCGGCGGCGGAGCAUCGUCCCGAGCUGGUGCUCGUCCACGCCCUGGAGCCGCUCCGGCACGUCAUGUACCCCGUCGGGCCAGGGUCGGCGGUGUACGGCGCGCCGUCGAUGAUGGAAUCGGUGCGGGCGGCGCAGGCGGAGAACGCUCGCAGCCUGCUCGACAGGGCCAACCGGAUCUGCCACCAGCGAGGGGUGAGCGCGGAGGCGGUGGUGGUGGAAGGGGAGCCAAGGGAGGCGCUGUGCCGCGCCGCCGCCGACAUGGGCGCCGGCCUGCUCGUCGUCGGCAGCCGCGGCCUCGGCGCCAUCAAGAGGGCGUUCCUGGGGAGCGUGAGCGACUACUGCGCGCACCACGUGAGCUGCCCGAUCAUGGUCGUCAAGCCACCUCGCGACGACGACAGCGCCCGCCGGACGGCGAGCUGAUCGCCGGCCGGAGCAAAGAAAAUCUUGAUCGCCCACCAGACGACGACGCCCUGUGUUGCUCUUCUUUCAUGUCGACGGAUGCAGAGAUUCUCCAUGCUUAGGGUGUCAAGUGUGAACGAUGCCGCGCACACCUUGAUCCUUGAUAUGUUGGGAACCAUCUUUGGUUCGACGAUGUAAAAAAUCAUGCGCUUGGGUAAGAAAUAAAUCUGUGUAAAUAGUAA